CUAGCAUGUAAUUUCAAUCGUCUGCGUGUCGAAUGCUCCCACAUUGCGUGUCCAUCAAUGUUACCAUAAUAGCACACCGUUUUUGUUUAUUAUAUAUGUGAAGAUAGUUUUCAAUUUACAUUAACGAUUUGACAGUAGCGUGUACGAACUAAAUAGAAAAAUCAUGAAUAUUGCUUUUUGUGUAUGUGUUGUUCUGACUGUCGUCUGUGUCAGUACGGUUUGUGGUGAAGAAGGUGAAUGGUGCAUAGUCUGUACAACAAGAGUGUCUGAAUUAUCUGGCACUGGAGAUGAUGACAAAUCCGAAGUACAAUGUAAAUCCGGCGAAGUAAUGACAGGAUGUAGCAGCUAUUCACCGGGGAAGGGGCAUGGAAAACGAGACGGCGAAUUCUUCAAAACUGACACCAAUGGCAAUGCUGUAUGUGUUGCUCAAAAUGGUUACAAAGGAACGGGGGUGUAUGCAUAUGCUCGAUGUUGCCAUUGGCCGAAAAUGACAUGCCAAUAUGUGAAAGGUGAACAAUCCGAGACUUCAGAUGAUGCUAUCAGUAUAGCACAGUGCCCGGAUGUAAUCGAUUGUAUGAGUGCCUCCGUAACAGGAUGUGCAGUACACACUUAUUGGCAAAAUCUUGAUGGCACCCAGCCCAAUGUCCCUUCUUACCCGACAGAAUUGACUGAUAUCACUGAUAACUAUUGUUACGGAGUUAACGGAUAUUCUGGCAAGGGUGUUACGGGACAUGCUGCAUGUUGUGGUGCUCCUGGUCUUAAAUGUAAAGCAAAGUUUAGCGAGCAGGUUAAAAAUGCCGAAGCCAAGGUAAAAUGCGACGAUGGAUGGAUUCUGACUGGAUGUUCGGUUCGUACGUCAUGGAAAGAAACUGACGGUGCCUAUAUCGAUGACGAUGAUAAUUGCAUUGCCGCUGGAACAGACAAGCUGUGGGCUGUAGCCGUAUGUUGUAAAACUGGGUGAAUGCAUACAACAAACGAAAUGUACAAAUGAAACAAGUAUAUCGUACAAGUUAUAAUGGUGACGGAGUUAAACAAAUAUAGUAUUAAAACAGUGGGUAUACAUU